AUGAGCAAUUGGGGGUUAUGGUUGGUGGUUGGACAUCGAUGUGGCAAUCCUACUAUUGAAAUCCUACAGGACACCUUACGUAGAGAUGCUGUUAACCCAGCAACAAACCGUCGCUUCUUCGAUCCAACCCUCUUGGAGAGGGGUUUUCUGUGGCCACAGAAGAACGUCAUUACUAUGACUCCAGUCAGCAACCAGGUGGCAGACGCGGAACGUGUUCUGCGGCUGAGGGAGAUGUUCAAAGAUGAUGUUCUAGAACAUGACUUCUUUAACGCACCACAGACCCAAUUGGAGUCCGUUUACGAGGCCACUGGUGUUGAGGGAGUCCUGGAUUCUUUCUUUCGCAUGGCUCGUUCUAAACAACAGAAGUUGCUCUAUGCUGUCAACAUCGACUUGGAGGGCGAGCUCAAAACAACACCGCAGCUCAGCAUGCGUGACAUGCGGUCUUUCAUGUCCCACCUGCCCGGUGAACCUUGUGCUGGCAUCACACAUCCAGCAGCAUUCAUCGGGCAAGAGGGAACCUCCUUCAACCCCCACAUUGAGGACUGUGCCUUCCAGGCCGUCAACCGCCAUAUUGCUGGGGCUCCCAAAAUGUGUUUCAUGAUCCCUCCCAGGUUUUUCAGUGCAUUUGUCCUGCUUCUUCCUAAAUUGGGCGUUGUCACCAAUGACAAAUUUUGCACAUCGCUGUUGAACCACAAUUAUAUCUUUUUGGAUCCGAGAACCGUUGUUGAAUAUGGCAUCCCAGUCUUCACGGUGGUUCAGAAGCCAGGUGAUGUACUUUACCUUCUUCCACACACCAUCCACUGGGGAAUCAACCUGGGGCUGAACCUCAAUGAGAGCGUAAACAUUGCAUCGGCAUCCUGGGCCAAGUCGGGCAUGAUCGCUCCAAGGCGCUGCCCUUGUUUGAUGUGAGUGGAGUUUAUUUUUCUUUUCAUAAUCUCCUUUUUUUAAAUUUUUUUACUCUGUUGAGUUUCCAUUA